GCUGGGGAGGUGAUUGGGUGGCUGACUGGCUGCGGGAAGCUGCUUCCUUUCCCUUUGGAGAUGAUUGUGCUAUUAUUCUUCGCCUUGCUCUGGAUGGUGGAAGGAGUCUUUUCCCAGCUUCACUACACGGUUCAGGAGGAGCAGGGACAUGGCACUUUCGUGGGGAAUAUCGCUGAAGAUCUGGGCUUGGACAUUACAAAACUUUCGGCUCGCGGGUUUCAAACGGCGCCCAACUCUCGGACCCCUUACUUGGACCUCAACCUGGAGACCGGGGUGUUGUACGUGAAUGAGAAGAUUGACCGCGAGCAAAUCUGCAGGCAGAGCCCCUCCUGCGUCCUGCACCUGGAGGUCUUCCUGGAAAACCCCCUGGAGCUGUUCCGGGUGGAGAUCGAGGUGUUGGACAUCAAUGACAACCCCCCCUCCUUCCCGGAGCCGGACCUGACCGUGGAGAUCUCUGAGAGCGCCACGCCGGGCACCCGCUUCCCCUUGGAGAGCGCAUUCGACCCAGACGUGGGCACCAACUCCUUGCGCGACUACGAGAUCACCCCCAACAGCUACUUCUCCCUGGACGUGCAGACCCAGGGGGAUGGCAACCGAUUCGCCGAGCUGGUGCUGGAGAAGCCGCUGGACCGGGAGCAGCAAGCGGUGCACCGCUACGUGCUGACCGCGGUGGACGGGGGAGGAGGGGGGGGAGGGGAAGGAGGAGGCGGCGGCGCGGGAGGGGGCCUGCUCCCCCAGCAGCAGCGCACCGGCACGGCCCUACUCACCAUCCGAGUGCUGGACUCCAACGACAAUGUGCCCGCCUUCGACCAACCCGUCUACACUGUGUCCCUCCCAGAGAACUCGCCGCCGGGCACGCUCGUGAUCCAGCUUAACGCCACAGACCCAGAUGAGGGCCAGAAUGGCGAGGUCGUGUACUCCUUCAGCAGCCACAUUUCGCCCCGGGCGCGGGAGCUCUUCGGACUCUCCCCUCGCACUGGCCGACUGGAGGUGAGCGGCGAGCUGGACUACGAAGAGAGCCCGGUGUACCAAGUGUACGUGCAAGCCAAGGACCUGGGCCCCAACGCCGUGCCCGCGCACUGCAAGGUGAUCGUGAGAGUGCUGGAUGCGAACGACAACGCGCCGGAGAUCAGCUUCAGCACCGUGAAGGAGGCGGUGAGCGAGGGCGCGGCGCCCGGCACGGUGGUGGCCUUGUUCAGCGUGACCGACCGCGACUCGGAGGAGAACGGGCAGGUGCAGUGCGAGCUGCUGGGGGAUGUGCCGUUCCGCCUCAAGUCUUCCUUCAAAAACUACUAUACCAUCGUGACCGAGGCCCCUCUGGACCGAGAGGCGGGGGACUCCUACACCCUGACCGUGGUGGCUCGGGACCGGGGCGAGCCCGCGCUCUCCACCAGUAAGUCGAUCCAGGUGCAAGUGUCCGAUGUGAACGACAACGCACCGCGAUUCAGCCAGCCGGUCUACGACGUGUAUGUGACCGAAAACAAUGUGCCGGGCGCCUACAUCUACGCGGUGAGCGCCACCGACCGUGACGAGGGCGCCAACGCCCAGCUAGCCUACUCUAUCCUCGAGUGCCAGAUCCAGGGCAUGAGCGUCUUCACUUACGUAUCCAUCAACUCCGAGAACGGCUACUUGUACGCCCUGCGCUCCUUCGACUACGAGCAGCUCAAGGACUUCAGCUUCCAGGUGGAAGCCCGGGACGCCGGCAGCCCCCAGGCGCUGGCUGGCAACGCCACUGUCAACAUCCGCAUCGUGGAUCAGAACGACAACGCCCCUGCCAUAGUGGCGCCCCUUCCGGGGCGCAACGGGACUCCGGCGCGCGAGGUGCUGCCCCGCUCGGCGGAGCCGGGUUACCUGCUGACCCGCGUAGCCGCGGUGGACGCGGACGACGGCGAGAACGCCCGGCUCACCUACAGCAUUGUGCGGGGUAACGAAAUGAACCUCUUCCGCAUGGACUGGCGCACCGGGGAGCUCCGCACCGCGCGCCGGGUGCCGGCCAAGCGCGACCCCCAGCGGCCUUACGAGCUGGUGAUCGAGGUGCGCGACCACGGGCAACCUCCCCUGUCCUCCACCGCCACCCUGGUGGUGCAGCUGGUGGAUGGCGCUGUCGAGCCCCAGGGCGGGGGCGGGGGCGGGGGGUCAGGGGAGCACCAGCGCCCCAGCCGCUCCGGCGGCGGGGAGACCUCGCUGGACCUCACCCUCAUCCUCAUCAUCGCGCUGGGCUCGGUGUCCUUCAUCUUCCUGCUGGCCAUGAUCGUGCUUGCCGUGCGUUGCCAAAAAGAGAAGAAGCUCAACGUCUACACGUGUCUGGCCAGCGACUGCUGCCUCUGCUGCUGCUGCAGCGGUGGCGGCUCGACCUGCUGCGGCCGCCAAGCCCGGGCGCGCAAGAAGAAACUCAGCAAGUCGGACAUCAUGCUGGUGCAAAGCUCCAACGUACCCAGUAACCCGGCCCAAGUGCCGGUGGAGGAGUCCGGGAGCUUUGGCUCCCAUCACCACAACCAGAAUUACUGCUACCAGGUCUGCCUGACCCCCGAGUCCGCCAAGACCGACCUGAUGUUCCUUAAACCCUGCAGCCCUUCGCGGAGUACGGACACUGAGCACAACCCUUGCGGGGCCAUCGUCACCGGCUACACAGACCAGCAGCCCGACAUCAUCUCCAACGGAAGCAUUUUGUCCAACGAGACUAAACACCAGCGAGCAGAGCUCAGCUAUCUAGUUGACAGACCUCGCCGAGUUAACAGUUCUGCAUUCCAGGAAGCCGACAUAGUAAGCUCUAAGGACAGUGGCCAUGGAGACAGUGAACAGGGAGAUAGUGAUCACGAUGCCACCAACCGCGGCCAGUCAGCUGGUAUGGAUCUCUUCUCCAACUGCACCGAGGAAUGUAAAGCCCUGGGCCACUCAGAUCGGUGCUGGAUGCCUUCAUUUGUCCCUUCUGAUGGACGCCAGGCUGCUGAUUAUCGCAGCAAUCUGCAUGUUCCUGGCAUGGACUCUGUUCCAGACACUGAGGUGUUUGAAACUCCAGAAGCCCAGCCUGGGGCGGAGAGGUCCUUCUCCACCUUCGGCAAAGAGAAGGCCCUUCACAGCACCCUGGAGAGGAAGGAGCUGGAUGGACUGCUGUCUAAUACACGAGCGCCUUACAAACCACCAUAUUUGAAUCAUUUCCAUCCUCUUUCUUAUUUUGUACAUUGGAAGUAAAGCCAUAUAAGCGUUGUGCAUCAUGUGAGUCUAACAAAGGAAGAUUAUCAAUUAAAAUAUAAAUAGAAUUA